AUGUCUUCUAUUUCUUCUCAUGGUGACAAUGAAUAUUCUCAUCGGCAAGGAAGUGUUAUAUCCCUGCUAGACGAAGACGAUCAAGUGACAGUGAAUAGUGAUUCUGUAAUUAAACAAACAAGUAAAGAAUUAUCUUCUAAAGCACGUAAAUUAUCGUCUUUAUCAAAUGAAUAUUCGAAAUCACCUGAUUUUGAUGAUACACAAGCGGUUCAUUUCGAUAAAGAAUAUCAAACAGCAACUAUAGAUCUUCAAGCAGUACCGGAUGCUAGUCAUGAUGAUAGUAUCAUACAAAAUUGGAGUCAACUAUUACCAGGAGCUGACCAAGAUUAUCGAACUAGAGCACAAUCGGAUUCAACCGAUGAAAUUACAGUUAGUUUCGGCUUUCACCAUCAAGAUCCUAUAGAAAACGAACAGGAACCCAAUGAAAUGGAACCUGAAGAAAUCAAUUCUACAAUGGAUUAUGAAACAUUGGUUCGUGCACGACGACUCUAUGAGGAUCCGAAUCCGGAACUAAUAAAAAAACCACAAAUGAUUGCUCCGCUUGUAUACAAGCAAAAUAUAACGAUUAAAUUUUUGAAACCACCACCGGUUCCACUUGGCCCGCUGAUUAUUCGUGAGGUGCGCGCACCUCAACCACCGCCACCACCACCGCUGAUUAUUCGGCAACAUCCUCAACCAGCUCCUUCACCACCACCACCUAUUAUUCUUCGUGAAAAACCACCACGAGUGCCUGAGCUGAUGACAACUCAAUUUGUAACAAAAACUCUUCCUCCUCUUCCACCUCCACCACGAUCAGUGGUCAUCGAAAGAAUGGCUCCACUACCACCGAAACCACAAGAUAUUAUUAUUGAACGUUGGAUACCUUACGAAUCUAUUGCACAAAAACGUCAAGUUAUUGUUCAACGAGCAGAACCAUCCAAACCAUACCCACCAUCGAGAAAUGUCAUCAUUACAUAUGACCCAGUACCAGUUAAGGUUGUUCGUCAAGUCGAACGACAGGGUGUUACACCUGAAAAUCCUCAAAGCUAUUUGACACGUUUUGGAAAUUCUUUACUUGAUCCUAAGGAUUUAAUUGCACAAGCGAGAGAACUCGGCAUUACAGAAGAUAUUUCGCCACCGUUGUUAAUCAAUCGUGAAACACAAAAAAAAUUUACAACGGUUCCCUAUGAACAAAAUUCAAUUGAUAAUCAUACCACGGUCAACGCUGUUUAUAAUGAAAUAGAUCAUAAAAAGAAUGCUUCUUCAUAUGAUAAUCUUUCCGAUGACACAUUAUCAUCGACGCAUUCUUAUGAAUGGAAUGAGCAACCUAUUGACCAAGGAAACAAUAUAGAAGAUUUACACACACAAUUAACGCAACAUGGUGUGACAAAGGAAUCAAUGCCAUAUUGA